GGUGCACUCGCAGAUCUGGACACUGCUCUAGAAAUAAACCUGACAACAGCUUUGAUCGCAGUUGGGUUUACUAACCGAAGACGCACUCGUCGAAAACAAGGCUAUCGAACUCGAGCAAGCAGAGGAGAGAGUGAGAAAUACCGAUUGUUAAAGGAAUUUGAUGAGACAUUGGCUGAUUUGGACAAGAAUUUUGAGACUGAACCGGACAUUGAAGAAUAG